AUGGCAAGAAAAGCGACCAAGGAAAAGGAGUCUUCACAAGUUGUCCCCAGCGGCUACUUGGCACCCGAGGAUAUUGAGUGGGAAUUUGGUGGUCCAAUCGGUGCGUUCGGCAUGAUGACCGGCUUCCCCCUUUUAAUGAUCUACAUGUGGUUAAGUGCUGAAUUUUUUGGUGGAAAACCUGCGUGGCCUGCUGAGGGCCAGAGCUGGGAGAGCUUUGGAAAACAACUCUGGAAUUUGUUUGUGACACACGGAGUGCCUUCAUUCACCUCCUGGGCCCUAUUCACCGGCUUCUUUGUUGUGCAGGCCAUCUUUUACUUGACUUUGCCUGGAAUAUGGACUAAAGGUCAGCCUUUGACUCACUUGAAGAACAAGCAGUUGCCAUACUAUUGUAAUGCCGUGUCCGCCUUCUACACUACUAAUGUUGUGGUGUUGGCGUUGCACGCUGCUGGUUACAAGUUAUAUUAUAUCAUUGACAACUUCGGUGAGAUCAUGGUCACUGCCAUCUCCUAUGGUCUUUCGUUGUCUGUGUUAUUGUACAUUUACUGCCUCAAUGUGUCGAAGGACUACCACAGAAUGACUGGCAAUCACAUUUACGACUGCUUCAUGGGUGCUCCAUUGAACCCCAGAAUCGGCAAGUACUUAGACUUGAAGAUGUUCUUUGAAGUCAGAAUCCCAUGGUUUACCUUGUACUUCCUCUCUCUUGCUACCGCUUUGAAGCAGUACGAUAACUUUGGGUACGUCAGCCCACAAGUCAUCUUUGUUGUCUACGCUCACUGGCUUUACGCAAAUGCUUGUUCUAAGGGCGAGGAGUUGAUCGUUCCUACUUGGGACAUGGCUUACGAGAAGUUCGGCUUCAUGUUGCUCUUCUGGAACAUUGCUGGUGUGCCUUAUACUUACUGCCACUGUACUUUGUUCCUCGCAUACCGUCACCCAUCCGAGUACCAAUGGUCUACCACCUACAACACUGCUUUGUUCGUGAUAUUGACUAUUGCUUACUAUUUCUUCGACACUGGUAACAGACAAAAGAACAGUUUUAGAAGAUUCAUGGCUGGUAACACGACCAUCAGGAAGACGUUCCCUUACUUACCUUACUCUGAUCUCAAGAACCCAAGCUACAUCAAGUGUGAGAACGGCUCUCUCUUGUUGACAGAUGGUUGGUACAAGUACGCCCGUAAGGCUCACUACACCGCUGACUACACAAUGUCUCUUACGUGGGGCGCCAUCUGUGGUUUUGCCUCCCCAUUCCCAUGGUUCUAUGCUGCAUUCUUUUUCAUUGUGUUGAUUCACAGAGCUAUCAGAGACCAGAAGAAGUGUGCCAAGAAGUAUGGCAAGGACUGGGACAGAUACCUCGAAGCGUGCCCAUACAUGUUCAUCCCAUAUGUCAUUUAA